AUGUAUGUUGAUCCCAUGAACAACAAUGAAAUCAGGAAACUAAGCAUUGCUGCCAAGACGGAGACAACUCCAGAUGACGCUGGGCAAGACAUUCCUGUAAACGCACAUUCGGUGCAUGAGGAAUGUUCUUCCCAUACACCCGUUGCGACAAAUGGAAUAAAUAGCGAAAAGUUGAAAGAAGAAGCCACUGCAGGUAGUUGUUUGGCUAGGAAACCCAUGCUACAAUAUAGAGAUACCUCAGGAAAGUAUUCUUUAAGUGACUUUCAGAUUUUGAGAACUUUGGGUACUGGCUCAUUUGGAAGAGUUCAUCUAAUUCGCUCGAAUCACAAUGGGAGGUUUUACGCUUUAAAGACAUUGAAAAAGCAUACUGUAGUGAAGCUAAAGCAGGUUGAACACACCAAUGACGAACGCCGAAUGCUUUCAAUUGUUUCACAUCCAUUCAUCAUUCGAAUGUGGGGGACGUUCCAAGACUCUCAGCAAGUGUUCAUGGUGAUGGACUACAUUGAAGGUGGAGAAUUAUUUUCGUUGCUGCGCAAAUCCCAGAGAUUUCCUAACCCAGUAGCAAAAUUUUAUGCCGCAGAGGUAUGCUUAGCUUUGGAAUAUUUGCAUAGUAAGGAUAUAAUAUAUAGAGAUCUGAAACCCGAAAACAUCCUUCUAGAUAAAAAUGGCCAUAUCAAAAUAACUGACUUUGGGUUUGCAAAAUAUGUUCCCGACGUCACAUACACAUUAUGUGGUACUCCAGAUUACAUAGCGCCUGAAGUGGUCAGUACCAAGCCGUAUAAUAAAUCAGUGGAUUGGUGGAGCUUUGGCGUGCUUAUCUAUGAAAUGCUUGCCGGAUAUACUCCAUUUUACAACUCGAACACCAUGAAAACUUACGAAAAUAUACUGAAUGCUGAAUUGAAGUUCCCGCCAUUUUUCCAUCCGGAUGCACAGGAUUUAUUAAAGAAGUUGAUUACCAGGGACUUAAGCGAAAGGUUGGGUAACUUACAGAAUGGAAGUGAAGAUGUCAAGAACCAUCCGUGGUUCAACGAAGUGAUAUGGGAGAAACUGUUAGCCAGAUACAUAGAAACGCCGUAUGAACCACCAAUUCAACAGGGCCAAGGUGACACUUCUCAGUUUGACAGAUACCCUGAAGAGGAAUUCAACUAUGGGAUUCAAGGGGAAGACCCGUAUAUGGAUCUAAUGAAAGAAUUUUAA